UGUCAGCUAGGCCAUAAGGAGUUAGGGGCGAAGAGGCUUUGGCUGCGUCCAAUACCUACAUACGUGCUACUGUGUCGCUAUAACCAGGAUAUAAAGCGGGACACACCACGGCCCUCGCGCGAUUCCCUGUACGAACACCACCUAGCACCAAAUGUUGUCUCUUCGCACAACUACAAUGCCUCGGAGACCACUAAGCCACAGGAUUAG